AUGAGCGAGGAGCGCCGGCAGUGGCUGCAGGAGGCCAUGUCAGCUGCCUUCCGGGGCCAGCGGGAGGAGGUGGAGCAGAUGAAGAGCUGCCUCCGAGUGCUAUCUCAGCCCACGCCUGCCACAGCAGGGGAGACUGAACUGGCCACUGACCAGGAGGAGCGUGAGGGGGCCCUGGAGCUGCUGGCUGACCUGUGUGAGAACAUGGACAAUGCUGCAGAUUUCUGCCAGCUGUCCGGCAUGCACCUGCUGGUGGGCCGCUACCUCGAGUCCGGCCCUGCUGGCCUGCGGUGGCGCACGGCACAACUCAUCGGCACUUGCAGCCAGAACGUGGCGGCCAUCCAGGAGCAGGUGCUGGGCCUCGGUGCCCUGCGCAAGCUGCUGCGGCUGCUGGACCGCGACACCUGUGACAUUGUCCGCGUCAAGGCGCUCUUCGCCAUCUCCUGCCUUGUGCGGGAGCAGGAGGCAGGGCUGCUGCAGUUCCUCAGUCUGGAUGGCUUCUCGGUGCUGAUGCGGGCCAUGCAGCAGCAGGUGCAGAAGCUCAAGGUGAAGUCGGCGUUCCUGCUGCAGAACCUGCUGGUGGGCCACCCCGAGCACAAAGGGACCCUGUGCUCCAUGGGGAUGGUCCAGCAGCUGGUGGCCCUCGUGCGGACUGAACACAGCCCUUUCCAUGAGCACGUGCUCGGGGCCCUGUGCAGCCUGGUGACGGACUUCCCCCAGGGCGUGCGCGAGUGCCGGGAGCCAGAGCUGGGGCUGGAGGAGCUGCUGCGACACCGCUGCCAGCUGCUGCAGCAGCGCGAGGAGUACCAGGAGGAGCUGGAGUUCUGCGAGAAGCUCCUGCAGACCUGCUUCUCCAGCCCCACGGAUGACAGCAUGGAUCGGUGAAACCAGGCGGCUUCUCGCCCUCUCUCGGUGGGAACCCCAGGCCUCCUGCCUCCCUCUCUUCCGCAAUGCCCUCUCCCAAGGGAUCACAGGGUCCUGUCGCGCCACCCAUCUCUGGGCAGCCCCCUGGAGGGGACUCCGAGGAUGGUGCUGGCUCCUGGAACCCACUCUUGUGCUGAGUCAUGCCCCAGUCUGUGUCUGCACUGUUCUUCCAAUAAAGGCGUUCUCUUCCUCCCCUUCACGGCCACUUUUGUCAUCUCCUCCAGAGGGUGCCUUGGGGAGGGCAGACAGGCAUAAAUUUAAGGGGUUUGGGGAGCCACUGCAGGGACAAUAAAAGUGUUCUCUUUAUCAUCCAUGAAGCUGUUGU